GGUUCCGUCAAGGGGGCGGCGGUUGGUAACGGCCGGGCCGGGCUGAGCCGCAAAGCGGCGAUUAGCCCAGUUUGGAGGCAGGUGCCGUUGCCGGCGCCGCGGCUCAGCGAGCUCAGGAUGGCUUCUUCUGAAUUUCAAGCGUUGUCCCAAGACGAACUCCGAAAAAGACUGUAUCAGACAUUUAAGAACAGAGGUGUUUUGGACACACUUAAGACGCAGCUCCGAAACCAGCUAAUCCAUGAACUGAUGCAUCCAAUUUUAAGUGGAGAACUUCAGCCACAACCAGUGUCCAGUGAAGGCAGUUCAUUGUUAAUUGGAGCUUCCAACAGCCUCGUGGCAGAUCACCUGCGCAGUUGUGGCUAUGAAUAUUCACUUUCUGUUUUCUAUCCAGAAAGUGGAUUAGAAAAGGAGAAGGUGUUUACUAUGCAAGAUCUUCUGCAGCUAAUUAGGAUCCAUCCAAAAUCCAGUCUUUACAAGUCAUUGACUUCAGGAGCUCAAAAAGAGAACAAAAAAGGUUUUCUUAUACAGAUGUUAAUGGAGCUGACAGAGCAUCACCUAUGUAAGGAAAGUCGCAACACAGAAACUCAGACAAUCUCAAUACCUCCUUACAGAGAAUCUCUUGUUGAAAAACUUCAGCUGAUUGAUGAACAGUUUGCAGACAUUUAUCCCCAACAUCAGAAAUUUGAGUCUUUAGAAGUGAAACUCAUUGAAUAUCGAAAAGAAAUAGAGGACCAGCUUCAAGCAGAAAUGUCUGAAAAGUUACAACAUUUCAAAGAGGUUGAAAUAGCAAAGAUCAGAAUAGAAGAGAAAGCACAAUGCCAGAAAGAAGUUUCUGAUUUGCGUCGAGAGUUUGAAAGGACAAACCAAGCCAAGUCUGAGGCUCUGAUUGCUCGUGAAAAGAAUGCUAUUGAAAGACUUCAAAAACAACAGGAGAUUGAAGCAAAGGAGGUUUAUACACAAAGACAAAGUCUGCUGAAAGAUAUUGAAAUGAUAAGAACCAGAGAGGCAGAACUGAAGCAAAGAAUUGAAGGUUUUGAACUUGCUCAGAAACUUCAAGAAGAAAAAAAUAAAGCUGUUGAUGAUGCACUGCGCCGUCGGGAGAUAGCUGUGAAGAACAUUGAGGAGACUUACGACCAAAAGCUUAAGAAUGAACUACUGAAGUAUCAACUCGAGUUGAAGGAAGAAUAUAUAGCCAGAACCACUAGGGUUACUGAAGAUGAGAAAAAGAAUAAAGAGAAGUCUAUACUGUUGCGUGAAGAGACCAUUGCUGUUAAUUCAAAGAAGGAAGAACUCAAACAAGUUGUAUCACAUGCAAAAGAACUUGAGCUGGAGCUGGAUUCAGUAAAGGCACAGGUGUUAUUGGUAAACAAACAGAAUCAGUUGUUGACAGAAAAAUUGAAAGAGAUUGCGGACUAUCCCUUGUUAAAGGAAGAGAAACUGGAGCUUCAAGUGCAAAAUAAACUACUUAGACAACAACUGGAGGAGACUCGCAAUGAAAACCUGCAUUUCCGAGACAAGUUAACUCAACCAUCAGCUGAACAUGUAGCCUGCCAGGCAGAAUUGAGGCGAGUUGAACAUGCUAAAAAGCUGGAACAGGAUGAGUUUGAAACCCAUAAACAACUUCUGGAAAAGCAACUGCAAAGUGAGGUUGAACGUUGUGCACAAUUAAAGAUCCAGCUGUUAGACUAUGAAACUACUAUCAGAAAGCUAAACGUACAGGUUGAAGAUUUGAAAUUGCAGCUGAAGCAAACACAGACAGUUCUAGAGAAUGAAGUGUAUCGGAAUCCCAAGCCUUCUCUUGUUGAUCGUUCUGUCAUUGACUUCACUGGUGAUAGGAUUGUACCUCAUGACAUUUAUGUAGAUGGUGCUUUCUUGAAGAACCGGGCUGUUACUGAUAUUGUUGUGGCAGAUGAUGUUCCAAACGUUGGUUAUCGCCAGCAUUCACGGACCUGCAACUCUUCUCCAGAUUCUGACCUUGAAUUUGUCGCCAAAACCAAAGCUAGGAUAAAAGAACUAGAAAAAGAGGCAGAGUAUUUGGAAGAGGCCUACAGAAAUUACCAGCAUAGAGUCAUUCAAGGUGCAGUUGCAAGCAGGACACCAACAAAGACUAAGUCCCCUCUACAUUUGCGAAAUGCUGUUACAUUCCCUUUGGCUUCUCAACACAGAGUUAUGUUUGUAGAAGACAACCUUGGCUCUCAGCAUUUCUCUCUUAGCAGUCCAAGAGGCCCAAGAUAUGUUACACCUGGGCAUGAUGAUGUCUUGAAAAAUCAUCUAACUACUCCCCGAAGAAGAGUCUCUUCCUCCAGACGUCUUUCUUCUACUCCUCUUUCCAAAGUGGAGAGAAACAUCAAUAGCCAUAUACUUCCAGAAGAUAGCAGUGAGUCGUACCUAGUCUCUUCCCAACAGAGUGUCGACCAGCCUCUUUCUCCUAUUUUGAGGAUAGGCCAUCUUUCAUCUUCUGAGUCUGCUCCUUCCUCUCCAACCAGUCAGGGACAAAAGUUGAGUCUUCAUGAACAGCAAGCUGAUAAUCAGGACUUCAAUGACUCUUCAAAGCCAGAGAAGCUAGCAUAUGAGGACCUUGAAGAACAUGAUUCUUCUCUUAAAUAUCAAGGGGACAUUCCAGAGCAGCUCGAAAGUGAUGUGUCACAUCCAUCUGGGGACAGCGUCAAUGGGAGCAAUGUCACAAACACUGUGCCAGCAACAGCCACUUCACAGCAGGAUUUAACAGUGGUUGAUCAAAGCCAGUCUGAAGAACAGAAAAGAGAAGAGAAUGAGAAAAAAUGGGAAGAAGAAAGGAGAAAAAGAGAAGAAAGAAGGCAAAGAGAAAGGCAGGAAGCACUGGAAAGGGAGGAAAGAGAACUAGAAAAACUGAAUGAAGAAAUGAAGUUGACCCAAGAUUCGUUGAAAAGUGAAGAAGAAACAAAAAAGACAGACCAUGAAGUGGAAGACUCAGAAAUCAGUAAUCCUGACGCUAAAGACAAUUUGUGUGACCCUCGUCCUAAUCCACUAGAAAAAUACAUGAAACUGAUACAGCAGAGCAGAGAGCAGGAGCUGACAAACAAGAGCUCCAAAAAAGAGGAAGCGGAAGAAGUAUCACUAAUAGAGAAACUUCUGUCUAGUGAAAAAGAUGACAGUGCUGCAGGCGUCUCUCAUGGAGAACCGGAUGAAGACUUCUGGUGAAUAGCAGCUACUAUCUCCUAAUGACCAGCACAAUGGAGGAUGGUGUGAAGUUAUGUAAACAGUCACUACACCACAAGAACUGAAUAUUUUCAUGCACAAUGGUUUCAGCUGGGGAUCAGAAUUAAAGUUUAACAUGUUCAUAUUUAAAAAAAUUAGAAGCCUUUUACAAAGCCAUUAUCCCAAAUGAGUAAUUUUAGAUUAAUCUACUAUGACUGGUAGUACUAAUAGCUGCUAAAAUCAUAAGCACAGGGCCUAACCUUUGUGUUUUAAGCUUUCCCAUAUCUUUACAAAAUAUUCUAGGAGUCACUGCAGCAUGUUGAUCAGAAAGUGUUUGUUUUCAUAUUCAUGAAAAAGCGCUGGGCUGUGACUGAAAAGCAAAGGUGCCUAUUCUAUUAGGAUGUAAAGCAGUUCAACAUUUUUUCAGGUAAAUUAGGUGACUUUUUAAAAAAUACCAUCUUGCCUUAAGAGAAGAGUUUUAAAGAUUAAAUGAUAAACAUGAAAAUUCAAAGUAAGUAGGUUUGAAAGUGAGUGUCUUUUCCAGCAUGCUUAUAUUGCUGGUUUCACAAAUGGCAUGUCAAGAAGACUAUCUCUGACACAAGGCUCAGAUAUGCUGAUUAUGAUUACAAUUUUUAAUGCAUUCUGAUAGAUACCUGAUAACUAUUUCUUUGAAACCACCUUUAGAUUAGUGUAGUUUUUCACUGGAGAUAACUUGUUUAAGUACUUUUCUAUAGCAGCAGCAAGAUGGGGGAAGAAAAAUACAUUUUUUUAAAAGGUGAGCUUCAUGCUGUUUCACUGCUGGUAUCUUCAAUAUUCCAUAAGACAGGGUACAAGCACAACUGUCUUAAUCUUCUACUUUUUUUAGGUUUGCAUUUUAUAGACUGUUCUGGUAUUUUAUAAUAAAAUGUGUCACCUGUGCUCUGACACGUUCUCAUUAUUGAGGUACAGAAUUUCUAAUUAGUAAUAAAUGUAAUAUGGAAGUACUCUUUGGUUUGUGGGUAAAUAUUUUAAAGCAGCACUAUGUACUACUCCAGACGUUCUCAAACUGGGGAGCAGGGAAUGUAUUCUGGGGGAGAAAGAAUGAGAUUUGGGGCAGGGGACCCCUUUUGUUGCACAUUUUACCACCAGCAAUAAAUAACUAGCAAAGCUGACUUCUCCAGAUCAGUUAGCACUGUGCAUUUCUGUUCAGAUGGCAACAACUUUGUAUAAGCUUUACAUAAAACACACACCACAUCAUAGCAAAUGGAUUAAAUUGUAAGCAUGGACCACAAUCACAGUUUUGCUUUUGCUCUUAUUACAAUGGCUUGUUGGCUCACUCCUGCAACAGAAACAUAAUACUUGAAGUGAAAACAAAGAAGCUGAAACUGAUUGAAGUGAAGCACUGCUGCUGCAUCGAUCCGUAUAUUUACUUGUGUGGCGGGAGAUGUAAACUACUACAGCCACAAAGAAAGGGGGCAUAAUCUAAUAAGUUUGAGAACCACUGUACUAUACAGUAGGUAUAGUGAAGGUGCAACUAGUAGUGCACUUGAUUUGGGUCAUGGUUACGUGUAACAAGUCGAAAACCCUAGCUUGACUCUCAGGUGGUUGCAGGGUUAGCAAUCUCUUUCUGUAAAACUGAGUGCAUGAGAUGUGUAAUAAUUAACAUUGACUGAUUCUUCAUUCAGCCACAGUCACUAUUGGGAAGUCAAGUUGGCCAUACUUAAUAAUUUGUAUCCCUUUAAAAAAAGCAAAUUGAAGGAAAGAAAUGUCAUUUCUCUGCUUUAAAUUUUUUUAGUAAAUUAAUAUUUAGCUCAAGAGGAUAUUUACAGGUAACUUCACAGCAGAGCCGAGUGAUUUGGGAUAGCAGCUGAGCAUUGAGAGAUUGGAAGAGGAAAACAAGUUGACCUGCUUUCAACUACCAGUGGGUUUGUCAAGUUUGAAUGAACUAGUCCAAAUGAAAAAAAUAUUCUCUCUGAACCUGCUAGCUAAACUGAAACCAAAAAGAAAUAAGACAAAAGCUUUUCUGCACAAACAAUUGGACAUACAGUCACCCCACGGUAGAGGCUGAAAAUAAUACAGAUGCUUACUUAAUGUAUUAUUUUAAUGUAACAUUUACAAAGCUUGAGUUGACCUCGAAAGUUAAAUAUUUUUGACUGAUUCUGUAUAUAGUGAAAAAAGCAGCACCCUUCCAAUAAUUAAUUAAUUUGAGGAUGGUUCAUUGUUGCAGCAUUUUAUUAUUUAAAUUAUUUUAAUAGAUUAUUGUAAGUUUAGGCCUUAAAAUAGAUUGUCAAAUUUCAA